UCUCAUACACAUUUCAGUGGCAAGCGAGUGAACAACAUGAAAUGGUGCUGGAAUCUGCUGUGUUCCUUCCUUCUGCUGGAAUUGGCUCCCAUCCAAGCGUUUGUGGACAUAAACAUGCUCACGGCUCUCCAGAUACAUAAGAACCUCAACGGAUCUGAAGAUCCCUGCAGGAAUUUCUGGAACUAUGCCUGCGGUAACUAUUCGGCAGCUAAUGGCACCAAAUAUGUGGAUAACUUCCAACUGGUUGAGGAUCUGUACGCCCAGGCCAUGGUGGAGUUCAUGGAGAGUGAGGGAGAGCUCAUCGAGAGUGAUUUGGUAUUGAAUGAAGAACCAGCGGCGCGACUGUUGGCCCAGAUGCGAGCCUACUACAAGGCCUGCACCAAGGAUCAAGAGAUAGACUGGUCAGAGGCAGAUCUCCAUUCGCUGGAGCCCAACGAUUGGGCGCUCGAAACGGCUAAGUUCCGUAGACACGGAUUGAAUGCAGUGUUCUUUGACGAGCGCGUAGAUGUCGAAACCAACGAUUCGCUGCGUCCGGUGGUGCAGCUCAAGAUGCCCGCUCUCAGUAACAACUACAGCGAGCGACGUGCCCUGCAGGUCCUUCAACGCAAUCACUCUGGAAGCGUAGAAGGAAUCUCCAGGCUGGUGGAUCAGCUGCGGCAACUGGAAGCUAAGCACCGCCAAGAGGAGCCUCUGGUACAGUCCUGGUCCUUGGCCGAUCUCACGCAGAACAUACCAGAGAUCAAUUGGCAAGGUUACUUUCAUGAGCUGUUGUCGGGGCAUCUGGAGGGGGUGCUUUUCGAGGUCAGCGAUGUGGAUUACUUGCGUGAGCUUGGUCAGCUUUUGAGCAAUACCAGUAGAAGCACCAUUAAUCUCUAUCUCCGACUGCGUCUCACCGUUCUGCUGAAGCAGUCGGCACCAGCCAUGCGCAACCCCAAGACAUGCAUUCACCACAUGCGGGCCCUGCUCCCCUUGGGCAUGAACUACCUGUAUAAACGCCAUGUGUACAGGCACAGGGAUUUGUUGGACACCAAACAGCUGCUGCUGAUCUUCGAUAGCCUCAAGAUUAUGUUCGGCAGUUACUUGAAUGCCAAUCGCCUGCAGCUAAGUGCAGAACAACUGUCUUAUGUGAUGAAAAAGCUGGGGGCUAUGAAGCUGCGAGUGGGGAAUCUUCCAGAGGAGACGUCACAUACCUUCUACGAUAGCCACUAUGAAAGCGCCAAUUUCUCGGACUCCCUCUUUCUGGGGAACAUCCUCGAGGCCUUGAGUCUGCGCACCCGACUCCAGCACGAUGCUCUCCGGCUUCCACACUCCCGAUUGGACCUGCACCGCUACUAUGUCAACGAUGAUGUGGUCAAGGCCCGUACCUCCCCCUUCUACGAGAACGAGCGGAACACGAUCACUGUGCCCCUGAUCUUUCUGCAGUGGCCCCUCUUCGAUAGCCGCCAGCACCAUAUCUUCCAGUUCAGCUUGAUAGGCGGUGUCCUGGCCCAUGAGCUGACCCAUGCCUUCGAACAGGAGGGCAUUCUCUUCGAUGCCGAUGGCAAUGAGUCGCCUGUGGGAUUGCAGAUUCGCGAGACGAAGGGCUUCCAGAACGCCAUCAAAUGCGCUGCCCGAACGCCAGCAGUGUCGCUUAAGGAACGUCUGGCCGAUCUCAAUGGCCUCCAGCUAGCCUACGAUACCUUUUUUGGGCCGAACCACAACUCCCAGAAAUUCGAAUAUCGUCCCUAUGCAUUUGAGAGCGAAUUCAAAGCACCGCAGCUGUUCCACCUGAGCUACGCGCAGUUCUUCUGCGGCAUCCUGCCGCCGGUGCUCGGUCAUGAUAGGGACGAUGUGCGUGUCAAUUUGAGCGUUCGAAAUUUACGUCAAUUCUCGUUGGAUUUUAAGUGUCCCCCGCCAGCAGUGCAGUCGCCCCCUGUGUGUGAAUUGUGGCGCCCAAUAUAAUCAUCUACUUUGGUGUCAGUUUAAGUUUUGUCUCGAAUGCAUUUAAAUAUCUAAAAAGUAAUACAAUGUUCAAGCUGAUCGACAGCGCGAUGCCAUGUAGUUUUAGAAUACAAGAAAAUUGUGUGAUUAUUUGACAAUUAAUAAAUUAUAGGUCAAUCGCCAGGAAAGCUCAA